CAAACACACCAUCACGUCCACUACCAUGGCCUCCUUGUUCAGCUUCUGCAUCUGCAUACCACUACUUUACACUGUCUAUUAUGUCUUCACAAACAUAUUCUCUAGCAAGCUCAAAAACCUCCCACCAAGCCCUCUUCCUCUACCUCUAAUCGGCCAUCUCCACCUCUUAAAGAAACCUAUACACCGAACUUUAUCAAAGCUCUCCGAGCAAUAUGGCCCGGUUUACCUCAUCUGGUUCGGUUUCUGGCCCGUCGUCGUGGUCUCGUCCCCUUCGGCAGUGGAGGAGUGCCUCGUCAAGAACGACGCCAUCUUAGCCAACCGUCCUCGUUUGAUGAUCGGCAAGUGUUUGGGCUCAAACUUCACUUCCCUUCCAUGGAUACCGUACGGAGACCUUUGGAGAAACGUAAGGCGGAUACUGUCCCUGGAGCUUUUAUCCAACCUUAGCCUUCAAAACCUCGCAGGAAUACGAAGCGACGAGGCAAAAUUGUUGAUCCAGCGGCUGAUGAAUGAUCAAGGUCAGGUUGUGGACAUGAAAGUGGCCUUCUUCGAACUGUCACUCAACAACAUGAUGAGGAUGAUGGCCGGGAAGCGGUAUUACGGCGAUAGCGUUGAGGAUGUGAAGGAAGUGAAGAGAUUCAGAGAAAUUCAAGUGGAGACGUUCGAGCUUAGUGGAAAAUCGAACGUGGAAGAUAUCUUCCCUUUUAUGCGCUGGACUGGAGUGGCUAAAGGAUUGGAGAAGAGCAUGAUGGAGUUGCAUACAAAGAGAGACGAAUUCAUGCAGAGUCUUAUAGAUGAGCAUAAGGUGAGAAUGGAAAAUGAACGUGAUGAAUCUAAUUCUAAUUCCGAAGACAAAAGGAAAACCAUGGUUGAGGUUUUGUUGUCGUUGCAAGAAAAUGAUCCCGAAAAUUACAGAGAUGAGAUUAUCAAAGGCCUCAUGCUAGCUAUGUUAUUUGGAGCAACCGAUACUUCAACAUUGGAGUGGGGCCUUUCACUUCUGAUGAACCAUCCAGAAAUCAUGAAAAAGGUUCAAGCAGAAAUCGAUGAGAAAGUGGGACAUGAUCGUCUAGUUGAUGAAUCAGAUUUAAAUAAUCUUCCUUACUUCCAGAGCAUAAUCAUAGAGACUUUGAGGAUGUAUCCAUCUGCACCAUUAUUGGUUCCUCACCUAGCAUCCAAGGAUUGCACAAUUGGGGGUUAUAAUAUCCCAGCAGGAACCACAUUAUUUAUCAAUGCAUGGGGCAUACAGAAUAACCCUAAUAUCUGGGAAGAUCCAGAAACCUUCAAACCUGAGAGGUUUGAAGGUUUUAAAGUGGCCAGGAAAGAGUUAAAGAUGAUGCCUUUCGGGUCGGGCCGGAGGGGAUGCCCUGGUGAAGGCUUGGCCAUGAGGGUUGUCGGGUCGAUUUUGGGUUCAUUGGUUCAGUGCUUUGAUUGGGAAACCGGUGGAGGAGAGAAGAAGGUUGAUAUGACAGAAGAGAUUGGAAUCAGCUUGCAAAAGGCUCAACCUUUAAAGGUUAAGUGCCACCCUCGUCCGCCUAUGUUGAACUUCCUUUCUAAAAUUGGAAGCGGUAAUAAUUGAUAUAAGUGUAAUAAUUGAAUUUUUUUAUUUAUUUAAUUUUUUUUUUUUUU